AGAGUCGGUGCUGAGUAAUUGAAUGCUACUCUUUUCUUUACCUCUCUGAGGAGAUUCACUUUUACUUCGCAGACAGAUUUGUUUAGCGGUUUUCAACUGGGGAAAUAACGAAAGAGUGGAUGCAAAGAAUGUGAAGCAAUAUCUGAUAAGAUGGCAUCUCUUAACCAUUCCGCCUCCAGUCUGCCUUCCUGCACCUACAAGGAGGACUUCAAGCGCUUCCUCCUCCCCUCCGUCUACACCCUAGUCUUCAUUCUUGGUCUCCCGCUCAACUUCAUCAUCAUCCUGCGGAUAUGGGGCUCCCGACGCACUCUGACACGGACCAAAAUCUACAUGCUGAAUCUAGCGGUGGCAGACUUCCUGUACGUCUGUUCGCUUCCGCUUCUCAUAUACAACUACGCCAGCAAAGACUACUGGCCAUUCGGUGACUUCACCUGCCGCCUGGUUCGCUUCCAGUUCUACAGCAACCUGCACGGAAGCAUCUUCUUCCUCACGUGCAUCAGCUUCCAGCGCUACAUGGGCAUCUGCCAUCCGCUGACGGUGUGGCCCAAACAAGGUGGACGCAGGCUGGCGUGGUUGGUCUGCGCUGGCGUCUGGGUGGCUGUCGUGCUUCUUUGCGCUCCAACGUUCGAGUUCGCCGCCACCGGCAUCCAGCGCAACCGAACAGUGUGCUACGACCUCAGCGUUCCAGAGCGCUCCACAGCGUACUUCCCAUAUGGCAUCACUUUGACCUGUCUGGGCUUCGUCGUGCCCUUUUUAGUGAUCGUGGUGCUGUACUGCAAAAUGGCUUGGGUUCUCUGGCAGGUCGGCGAAGCCAGAGAAGUAUCAGCCAUGGAGAAGAAGAAUAAAGCUGUGAAGAUGAUCAUCAUUGUGAUGCUGGUGUUCGCCAUCAGCUUCUUGCCGUUCCACGUGACAAAGACGCUCUACCUGCUGGUGAGGACCUUUCCCACGGCCCCCUGCGAACUGAGGAACCUGCUGUCUGUGGUCUACAAAUGCACCAGACCCUUCGCCAGCAUGAACAGCGUUCUGGACCCCAUUCUGUUCUACUUCACCCAGCCGCAGUACAGACGCAGCACCAGGAGUCUGCUGCUCAAGAUCACCUCGCUCCGAGACAAGACUAGCCAAAUCUGACUGGGGGACACCUGCUUUGGUCGAAAGUUUCUCAUGGUACAGUCAUAGACACUAAGGCACUACAGUUAUAGCCAUUGAUUUUUAGGCUAAAGUUUACAAAUUAGUGCCUUCACUAGGUCCCAUUAGUGAAAGUUUUGUACCUUUAUUUCUGAGAAUGUAGUAAAAAAAAAAAAAAAAAAAAAAGAUUUCUGAGAAACGCUGUUGAUAGUUUAAAUCACUGAAACAAACACUCCCCCAAUCAAAAGAAUCACACAUGUAUCUUGAUGGCUCCGCCCCCAAAUUCAUCAUCAUGCUGUGCAGCAUCAUCAGUGGACACGCCCCUUUCUGGUGAUUGGCUACAAGUGUGUUUUGCCACUUGAUCCCACUUUCCUCAGUGUUCCUCAGAAAUCACUUUCUGCACCUUUAAGAGUUUAUUUCGACAUCUAUUUGUGGUUAUAAAUUUUAAUUACAGUUCAAAUCUCUAAAGGCUAUUUUCUCAAAAUGUUUUUUUUUCAUAUAUACUGAACCAUAAAUCUCCACUUCAACAGUAGAUAAAACUUUUGUUUUGGUUUGUUCCAGGGUUAUAAUAGUUAACUAAAACAAAAACUGAACCCAUAAACAUUUUCGUUAGUUAAAAUAAAAUAAAUGCUAACUGAAAUAAAUAUUUUAUGGCAGAUAGUUGUGGAGGCAACAUUUAUCAUUUUCAUUAACUUUAGCUUAAAGUACCAAAAUAACAAACUGAAUAAUACAAUUACAAAUUUUUACAAACAAUCAAUGAUGCUAAAAUAAAACUGGUUUAACUUUUUUUUCCCUAAAAGCAUCAUAAACGUGUUUGACAGUUUGACAGAAAUAUACAAAAUGUAUUCAAUUUAGCACAUUUUUAAUUAGAUAAUGCCACAUAUACAUAUUUAAAUAUACCAUGUAAUACAAAAUGUAAUGCCUUAAUGUACUGUGAUUAGUUAACUGGGGAAGUAUGGUUAUAUCUAUUAGUUAAACAAUUACCCUGUUAACCUGUAGUGUCUUAUGUUAAGAUAACUUAGUAGGCUGUGUGGUUGUUAAAACCAUAAAUAAAGUCAAUAUUUAAAUAGAAAACAUCCAAUGCAUUAAGUACCUGUACUGUGAAGGUUGUACAUAAUGGUUAAAGGAAGUGACUCUUAUUGAUUGAUUCAGUGUUACAAAAAUAUAAUUUAUGAUGACUAAAACUAUCACCCUACGGACACUUACAUUUGCUUUGAGACAACAGCCCACGGUAGAGCUGUGUGUCUGGUAUCUGAGCGUUUAACCCCUGCAUGGCAGCUGAGCGAGUGUCGUGAUCAGCUUAUCUAUCUGAUCUUUAUGAGGGCAAUAGAAGGGAAAUGUUGAUAUAAGAAUUACAGAACUGUGAAAGCAAAAAUAUCUUGCCAGUUUCCGAUUUUGAUCCAAGUGGAUUUGAGUUAAAAUUGCAUUUAAAUGUAAUUUAAUUAAUUAAAAUAAUAAUAAUAAUUGUUAAAUUAUUGAUUAAUUAUUGAGAAUUAAUUUGCACUGGAUUUGCAAGAAUAAAAAAGUUAUAUAUA